AUGUUCUCCAUGAGUAGUCUUUCUUCACUAAAAAACUAAAAUGGCGAACUAAAUAAGAAUUCCAUAAAAAUAUUGCAGGAGAGAGUACACACAAAAGCGACAGAUUAAGACAAGUGAAGAAGACGACAUAGCUGUCUCUCUCUCUGUCUCUCUCUCUCUAAAACAUGCUUUUGGGCAUCUCAACCCCCUGGCUCUUCUUUCCAUUCAUCUUUCGGGCCCUUUUUUGACCUCUUUAUUCUAAUCUUCUACAAACCCUUCAAAAUCAAAGCGUUUUUGAACUGGGUUUUGAAAUGUAUUCAGGGAUUCACUCCAUUUCGUUGGACGGAAGUAGUUUAGGGCAUGGUGAGUUUCCUGGUCAGUUAGACGCUAACAAUUUCGUCGGCGAUCCGUGUUUGGUGUUGACCACGGAUCCGAAGCCUCGUCUCCGGUGGACGGCGGAGCUCCAUGAGAGAUUUAUCGAUGCCGUUACUCAACUUGGUGGCCCCGAUAAAGCAACUCCAAAGACAAUCAUGAGGACAAUGGGCGUAAAAGGCCUCACCCUUUAUCAUUUGAAGUCACAUCUUCAGAAAUACCGGCUGGGGAAACAAUCUUGCAAAGAGUUAACAGAGAAUUCCAAAGAUGCAUCUUGCAUUGCUGAGAGUCAAGACACGGGUUCAUCCACAACAUCAUCAACAAGAAUGAUGCCACAAGAUUCAAAUGAUGGCUUCCAGGUUACAGAAGCUUUGAGAGUGCAAAUGGAAGUCCAAAGAAGAUUACAUGAACAACUAGAGGUUCAACGUCGACUACAGCUUCGAAUAGAAGCACAAGGGAAAUAUCUUCAAUCAAUUUUGGAAAAAGCAUGUAAAGCUCUAAACGAUCAAGCAGUUGCAACAGCUGGAUUAGAAGCAGCUAGAGAGGAGCUUUCAGAGCUUGCAAUCAAGGUAGCCAAUGAUUGUCCGCCAUCUGUCAUCCCAAUCCCUUCAUUUCCAGAAGUUGCUGCUUAUCUUGAAAAUGGAAUCGCACCCAGUGUUGACAGCUGUUUGACAUCAAACGGGAGCCCUGUUUCACCAGCUGUUCUUAAGAAGAGACAACGGGCCAUGUUUAAUGGUGGAGAUUCUUUGCAGUCGACCAGAAUUGAUGAUGUUUGGAUCGCUUAA